AUGAUUCCAUACCGUAUGCAGAAAGGAGCCUUCCUCAAUCAAAAAAACAAGACAUUGCGCAUGAAAAAGGCUCGAAAGCUGCUCGCUGGCACGCAAGAUGGCUCGCAUCUGACGACGCUAUUUACCGACGAGAAAAUCUUCACUGUGGAGGCGAACAAGAACGGCCAAAAUCAUUGGAUCAUCGCUACUGACUAUCAGAGUGCCUGUGAAAAAGGAAAAAUUCUGAAUAAAACUUCGCAUCCGGCUUCCGUGAUGGUUUUGCCGGAAUUACCGCUGACGGCAAAACUCCGCUGA